GCUGUACGCGGGCGGCCCGCUUCGCCUUCGCCCUCGGCCGCGUUGGUUCAAGGUUCGGGAGGAAAUGAGAGAACAAAAACGUCUGAGAGCUCGUCUAUGCCUUGGCGCUCGAUGGAAGGGGUUGGCCAGCGACCGGAUGUUCCCCCGCCGCCCAGAAGGGCAAACGGCAACGCGGAGCCGAAGUCUGUGAACGCGCUUGCACCGCUUGCACACUGUAAUUUUUGUUAUACAUCUAGUGUGCAUAUGGUUUGUUUUGUACCCUAGUUAUGCGGACACUCUUAAUCGGAGUUAGGUGUGAACAAGGUCAGACUUAACGCCGGUUGAGCGGGCAGGACGAGGAACCGCAGUUGCGCUUUCUUAUGGUUAGCAGUUAGUGUCACUAUCUUACCCAAUCACCCUUAACAACAGUGAAUUUAUUGGGUUACUACUUUCGUAUUGAGGUAUUAAUAUUAUUAUUAUUAGUUACUAUUUUCGAAUUACUGUUCACAAUUCGAAUUGGCUAUAAUUAAUUAUAAUACUAUGUCCAAAAUGUCUUAAACCAACAUUUUAUUACGAAGUGAGCAAUUACAAAGGGCGUUUUCACAAAAUUAAGCUACAAAUUACUCCCUCGAAAAUACAAUGUGGAAAUUAGACAAUCACUUGAACAGACAGACGAGCCCAGGUCAUGUGGCUGUGACGUCAUAACCCUUCGGUCAAUCAGGAUUUUGUCAUAACGGCAUCUUUUUUUUUUUUUUUUUCCUGCAAGGCACCGACACGAGCUCCCGAACGCUAUCGCGUAAUUCGCGUCACGACGGCUUUUCUGGCACUCCACCGAGGCCGGCGCGCCACGAGCCCGACGAGUCCCUUAACGCGUUAAAGAAAAAGUAAUAGAUUGCAGUAGUCCGUUGCAACUCAAGGAAGCAGAAGAAACGCUGGAGUGAGGAGGAGGUUUCCCCCCUCUCCUCUCCUGCGUUCCGUCUGCUUCCUCCUCCCCGGCCUGCCUUUCCCCCGCUCUACCUUGCUGAGUUGCAACGGUCUAAAGUAAUCCUUUACGUUUAAAGUACUCCUUCCCGAGUCUGUUGUACACAGUAACGCCUGAGCGAUGUAUUGAAGUGCAGUUUGUGUGUGCAGCAUGUCCCGUAAAAUCCACAACGAUCUAAAAAAAGAAAUUCUUUCGAGGAAGGCACGUACCGACAGGCGGUUGGAAACCGACACCCAGGGAACGACAGCGCGAUAGCAGGCCAGCUUAUCAAGUUCCCCUAUGGACUCUCGACGAUAGCGUCAUUGGCACCAGUCUGUAGCGCCCGUCUGCGUUCGACCGCUCUGAAACAAUAGAACAACGCCCACCGCGGAAUAAGCUUCCCCGCCGACGCCACGGACGUCUUUCUGCCUCGACUUGAAAAGCAGAGAGCGCCGGUUCGUCGCUUUGAACGAGACAUGGCCGGGGCGACGAGGAAGACGUUGCAUUUGAUCUGCGUGCUCGUUCUGGUGGCCUUCGGCGACGCCAGGUUACGGGACAGGAAGUCCAGGCAAACGGCUCCGGGCGAAGAGGUAAAGGACACCCCUGAAGCGCCUGACGUCACGGGCCUCAAACUGGAAGUCCUGGGAAAUUCAUCGAUAGAGGUCCGUUGGAAUACGCCAGAGGUACCCGUGUCGAGGUUCGAAAUCGUCGCAUGCCCGGUCGUGGCUGGUCAUCCAUGCGUCGAUGCUACCGCAAAAGAUAAAUCCAGCUACACAAUCGAAAACCUCAAGCCUGGCACAGAGUACGAAGUAACAGUCCAGUCUGUAAUCCAGAAGCGACGCUUCACCUCCUACGGUGUCCCAGCGAAGUCACGCGCCACAACUGAUAUAUGGGUUCCACCCGUCACCGAGCUGGAAUUAUCCUGUCCGGCCGAUGGAGUAAUCGUGGCAGAGUGGACGUUGAAAGAGUCAUUGCUCGUGGACGCCAUCGUGAUCAUCGCCUGCCCACCGGCCGAGUACGACUGCCGCAAGGCCACAGUUGGAUCUCGUGACCCGUCCGUCGAGAUUAAGGGUUUGCUGGCGGAUAAGGAAUACACGGUUAACGUCACAACGUUCAUCACCGUGGAAGAUACGACGUACCACGGGGAGUCGGUGUUCGCCAGUAUCACGACCCGACCUAAGCGGCCCUCCGAGGUUGUGAAUCUGAUGUACGAGAUCAGCAACAUCACACGACUCAACGCAUCCUGGGAUGAACCCGUGAAUCAAGUGAGCGAUGUGAGCGGAUACUUUUUGAGCUGCCAGAAAGAAAGCAGCCGCGAAACGAUAACGAAGAAGUUGCCGGCCGGCAGCCAGCACGUGACCACCCAGCUGAACCUGAAGGAGCCCCUGAGCAAGUUCACAUGCCGCGUAUGGGCUUACGUCGAGUACAAGGGGACAGCAAUCAACGGCACGUCUAGAAAGUUCCUCGUGCAAACAGAGUCACCAGCUCCGAGCGGAGUUAGGAACUUCCGCUUCAACGUGAUGAACGCGACGACCUUGAACGUGUCCUGGGACAGGCCAACAGAGGCUCCAUGGGGCAUAAGCGGCUACUACUUGCGCUGCUAUAGCGAAGACACCAACCGCACAGUGAAUGUUACGUUCGCGGACGAAGAGGAACAUGUGAUCGAACACGUCGAUCUCCACGAUCAGCUCGCAAGGUUUGGCUGCAGUGUCACUGCCUAUGUCCAGGUGGGAGGCAAAAGCUACUCGACAAAUGAAACGAACUUCGACGUCAAGACUGGUGUCACAGUUUCAUCCGUCACAAACCUGGCGUUAUCCUGUCCGGCCGAUGGAGUAAUCGUGGCAGAGUGGACGUUGGAAGACCCAUCGUCCGUCGACACCAUCGUGAUCAUCGCCUGCCCACCAGCCAACUACGACUGUCGCAAGGCCACAGUUGGACCUAAUGACACGUCCGUCGAGAUUAAAGGUUUGCUGGCGGAUCAGGAAUACACGGUUAACGUCACAACGUUCUUCACCGUGGAAGAGACGACGUACCACGGGGAGUCGGUGUUCGCCAAUGUCACGACCCAACCUGAUCCGCCCUCCAAGGUUGUCAAUCUGAUGCACGAGAUCAGCAACGUCACAAGACUGAACGCAUCGUGGGAAGAACCCGCGAACCAAAUGCGCGCUGUGAACGGCUACUUUUUGAGCUGCGAGAAAACCGGCGGCCACGAAAAGAUAACGAAGGAGGUGCCGCCCCGCAGCCAGCGCGUGACUACCCAGCUGAACCUGAAGGAGCCCCUGAGGGAGUUCACAUGCCACGUAUGGGCUUACGUUAUGUACAACGGGACGAAAAUCAACGGCACGUCUACAAAGUUCCUCGUGGAAACAGAGUCACCAGCGCCAAGCGGACUUAGAAACGUCCGCUUCGACGUGCUGAACGUAACGACCUUGAACGUGUCGUGGGACAGGCCAACAGAGGCUCCAUGGGGAAUAAGCAGCUACGUUGUGCACUGCAAAAGCGCAGACACCAACCGCACAGUCAAUGUCACGUUCGCGGACGAAGAGGAAUACGUGAUCAAACUCGUUGAUCUCCACGAGCAGCUCACAAGGUUUGGCUGCAGCGUCUUUGCCUAUGUCCAGGUGGGAGGCAAAACCUACACGGGAAAUGAAACGAACUUCGACGUCAAGACUGGUGGCAUAGAAGCUCCAAAGAACGUAGAGCUCGUAAAUCGAACUGCCACCAGCUUCACGUUUGAGUGGGACGCCGACCCGAAGGCGCCCAAUUACACCAUCGAUGUAAGAACGCAGGACCAGGUCGACGUCUUCGACUCUUGGACGGACAACGUACGGGAAGAACGAAAUGGUACGGUGGUGCACAACGUGACCGGGCUGAAGCCGUGGACCCUAUACAAAGUGAGCAUCAGAAACUGCGCCGAGUACUGCGGGAAGGAGGCAGUGCUGGAACAGCAGACCAGAGUUGCCGCUCCAUCGGCCGUUAGAAACUUGAAACCCGCAUUGGAUGGAUACACCAAUGUUACUCUUAGCUGGACGAAGCCAGCCAAUCCCAACGGCCCGAUCGACGGCUACACGGUGAAACUCGUGGACACGGAACGUAACCAGACGUUCGUUCACGACCUCAACACAACAAGCGUCACGCUGAACGUGGUGUACAAAUUCACCGACUUCAUGGCCACAGUCGCGCCUUACAACUUGGACGACAACACCACGCUGCACGGACCGAGUAGCAGCGUCGCCUUCUCCAGUUCCGGGGAUGGUCCUGUACCUCCGCGGCCCCACGUUGAAGAUGUCAAAGACCACAGCGUGCUUCUGACAUGGGAGACUCCCAAGGACAAGAACCAUACAAUCGUUGGCUACGAAGUGACCGUGAAUCCUGGUGGCAAAAAUAUCUCCACGAACAGCACUAACGUGACGCUGACUGAUCUCGAGGCAUGGACUCAAUACAGUGUGCUCGUGGCUUCUUGCACCAACAUAAAACAAUGUGGUACUCCGAAGGCUGCCACCUUCCGGACGGACGUCGACGCUCCGUCGGCUCCUCAGAACUUGACAGUCCAUUCGUUCGGUACCCACUGGGUCGACGUGACGUGGAAAGCGCCUCAGCAUCCAAACGGCCCUCUGAGUGGCUACAACGUGACACUGAAGAACGGCUCCGAGCUCGUCUGGGCCACGACAAGGAACACUUCGCACAAUAUUACGGGACUCGAACCCGGCACCUCGUACGAAAUUUCGGUGUACGCCUAUAACAAGGCAGAGAAAGGGGAAAAGAAGGGCCCUGUUGCAAGCUUUACCGCACAGACGCAGUCGGAAGCUUCCGGUGGAGGUGGCGCGUCUGCAGGCACAAUUGCUGCAGCCGUUCUCAUUCCCCUCUUGAUCAUCGUUCUGGUUGUGGUUUUCUUCGUCUACCGGAAAUACAGAAAGAACAGAGGAGAGUCGCAGUCCCUUCUUUCUGGCGAAGGCUCAUGAAGAUAAAGAUCACGAGAUACGAGCUCUGGGAACUACGGACAAGCGAAGCGAUAGCCAUGGAGGCGGAAAGGCUCUGUAACCUUCGAUCGCAGAAAACAGAUAAAUAUAGACCCCUGUCAGUUGU